ACACUAGCCUCUGAGUCACAGAUGAGCUCUAAUUUCUUCCUACAAAUAACCUCCCUUACCCUCCAUACAAACUCUCAGAGAACACACCCUCAGGCAAUUGGCUGAAGCUGGACAGACUGGAAGACCUGGUCGGCAGCUGGGGGCGGAGGGGACUUGGAGGGAGAGGUCCGGGCUGGGGUGGGGAGGAAGGCGGGGCCUGAGCCUGUGCGAGUGUCCCCAGACGGAAGUUGCACCACAAGCACAAUUAGUUUCAGUUUUGUUUCUCUUUCAGGAGCCCUGCAAUAGCGGAGUCCAGACCCCAGCCCCCUUGCAGUCCUGAAGGCCAAGGUCAUCUCUGGCUAGGAUGGUUUCCCAGGGCUCCUCGCCCUCCCUGCUGGAGGCCCUAAGCAGUGACUUCCUGGCCUGUAAGAUCUGCCUGGAGCAGCUGCAGAUGCCCAAGACGCUGCCCUGCCUACACACCUACUGCCAGGACUGCCUGGCCCAGCUGGCUGAGGGUGGCCAUGUCCGCUGCCCUGAGUGCCGUGAGACUGUGCCCGUGCCGCCCACAGGUGUGGCUGCCUUCAAAACCAACUUCUUUGUCAAUGGGCUGCUGGACCUGGUGAAGGCCCGGGGCUCUGGAGACCUGCGUGUGGGGAAGCCGGCCUGUGCCCUGUGUCCCCUGGUGGGGGGCACCAGCGCUGGAGGGCCGGCCACAGCCCGGUGCCUAGACUGUGCUGAUGACCUGUGCCAGGCCUGUGCCGACGGGCACCGCUGCACCCGCCAGACCCACACCCACCGGGUGGUGGACUUGGUGGGCUACAGGGCGGGCUGGUAUGAUGAGGAGGCCCGUGAGCGCCAGGCGGCUCAGUGUCCCCAGCACCCUGGGGAGGCACUGCGCUUCCUGUGCCAGCCCUGCUCCCAGCUGCUGUGCCGAGAGUGUCGCCUGGAUCCCCAUCUGGACCACCCCUGCCUUCCCCUGGCAGAGGCUGUGCGGGCCCGGAGGCCAGGCCUAGAAGAGCUGCUGGCGGGCGUGGACAGCAAUCUGGCUGAACUGGAGGCGGCGCGGAGAGUAGAGAAGGAAACACUGGUCCAGCUGCGGGAGCAGGCAGCCCAGGUAGGGACACAUGUGGAGGAAGUGACUGAGAGGGUCCUGCGGGAUCUCCUGGCCCAGAAACAGGAGGUGCUGGGGCUGCUGCGGGCCCAUGUGGAGGCUGUUGAGAAGGCUGUUCGGGAGAGGCUGGUGGAGCUUGAGGGCCGUGAACAGGUAGCCAAGGAGGCGGCUGCCUUUGCCCGCCGUGUGCUCAGCCUGGGUCGAGAGGCUGAGAUCCUCUCUCUGGAGGGGGCAAUUGCCCAGAGGCUCCGACAGCUGCAAGGCUCCGGCCACUGGAUGCCUGGGCCAGCCCCCUUUGUGCAGCCCCAGCUAGAGCUCCACCCUGGGCUCCUGGACAAGGACUGCCGCCUGCUUUGGCUCUCCUUUAAGGAGCAGCAGCCACAGAUAGAUAGUGGAAAAGAUGGAUCUGGUGCCCAAGGGGACAUUGAGACACAGAGACAAACAGAGUAUGUGGCCAAGGCAGAGGGACAGAGCAGAGUCCAGCCCCAGGCUAGAGAUGGAGCACAGACUCUGAAAGAGGACAAACCCCAGACACCCCAAGAAGGUGGAACCCAGAUCCCAGAAGAUGAUAGAGCCCAGACAUCCCAAGGUGAAGGAGGAGCCCAGAACCAGAAGGGUGGCAGAUCUGAGAAGAGGAGAAAGUUCAAAGGCAGGUUCAAGUCAAUUUCCCGGGAGCCCAGCCCAGCACCUGGGCCAAUCCUGGAAGGCUCUGGCCCCCUCCCCAGGCCCAUCUUUUCCUGCAGCUUCCCCACACGGAUGCCUGGAGACAGGUGGUCCCCCAGGAUCACUGGACUGUGUCCCUUUGGCUCCCGGGAGAUCCUGGUGGCGGAUGAGCAGAACCGGGUGCUGAAACGCUUCUCCCUCAAUGGUGACUACAGGGGCACUGUGCCAGUCCCUGAGGGCUGCUCCCCCUGCAGUGUGGCAGCUCUGCAGGGUGCCGUGGCCUUCUCAGCUGGUGCAAGGCUCUAUCUCAUCAGCCAUGAUGGUGAGGUGCGGUGGCGGCGGGCCUUGAGCCACUCCCAGGCUAGCCAUGCUGUGGCUGCACUGCCAAGUGGGGACCGCGUGGCUGUCAGUGUGGCAGGCCAUGUGGAGGUGUACAACAUGGAAGGCAGCUUGGCCACUCGGUUCAUCCCUGGGGGGAGGGCAAACCGGGGCCUCCGGGCACUGGUAUUCCUGACCACCAGCCCCCAGGGCAAUUUUGUGGGGUCAGAUUGGCAGCAGAAUAGUGUGGUGGUCUGUGAUGGGUUGGGCCAGGUGAUUGGAGAAUACAGGGGGCCAGGCCUGCACGGCUGCCAGCCGGGCUCCGUGUCUGUGGAUAAGAAGGGCUACAUCUUUCUGACCCUUCGAGAGCUCAAUAAGGUGGUGAUCCUGGACCCAGAGGGGUCACUUCUUGGAGACUUCCUAACAGCCUACCACGGCCUGGAAAAGCCGCGGGUGACCACUAUGGUGGAUGGCAGAUACCUGGUCAUGUCCCUCAGUAACGGGACCAUCCACAUUUUUCGGAUCCGCUCUCCUGACAGCUAAAGGGAGCAGGAUUGGGAAGGGGGAAAGGAGAGGGGUUAGUAGGAGGGAGGCAGAGCUGCCUGUGGGAUGUGGCAGCUGAGGAUGUUUUCCUGAAGGGCAGGGUUGAUGACUUUUCAGUGUGAAGUGCCAAACUGCUAACUCCUCUGUGGUGUGCAGGGAUGGGGACCAAGGGUGGUGGUGUGGCCAUGACUGCAGGAGCAGAGGGGAGGGGUGGGAAGGGUACUGGGGGCUCCUCAGCCUCUUGCUUUCUUCUGGUGGUUGCUGCUGCUGCAGUUUAGGUUUCUGAGAUGUGUAAACUUGUCCUGAUUCACAUUCUUCAAAAUCAUUCCUCAUAAGGUAGCUAAGGGAAAGGGUUUUGUUGAGGGGCAGGUGGCAAAAGUAGCCCAGGGUGGUUGGAUGUGCAUUCUGGGACAGAACUGGGAAUCUGGCUCCCCUCAGACUGCACAGCAUUGUGUGGGGUCAGAAGAGGCUUGAGAUUUCAAAUCAGCAACAAGUGACAUCCAUCCCAGGGAAGUACAGGAUGCGCUUCAGGUGGGAACAGAUGCAGCCAUCAGCUGGGGCCAAGAGGUGUCAGCCUCAACAGCUGUGAAGGGAAUAGCCUGGGAAAAUCAAACAUUGCAGAGUUGGCAUCUAAGACACCAGGUUCUGAGUAUCAGAGCCAGGGAGCCCUCCAUGCCCUCCACAGAGCCAAUCUGCAGCAAGACAAAUGUGGGAUGUAAAAUCUCCAUGAGGCCAUCCUUCUGUUUUGAUGUCUUUACAUUUCCUGGAGUCUAUUUUUUUUCUCCGUUAGUUUUUCCUGUGAAAUUCAUUUUGAGAAGUGUUGGCCUUCGUCUGGCUGAAGUAAGAGGUGAAGGAAUCUAAUCUAUCCUUCUGUAGGGCACUGUUGCUGGGAGAAACAAGUGAAUCCAGAGGGCAGGUGUGGGAUUGGGGGCGCUAAGGAAACUUGAGAAGUCAACAGCGGGACUGGGAUGGAAGGAAGUAUAAAAACAGGAGGGAAGGACCCAGUCAGAGCUGGGCUGGGACCACUGGUCCUUUUUGGAGGUGGCAGCUGUGGGACUGAGGUGGGCUGCAAGGACAUAUUUAGCUAAGGGCUGUUGAGAGAUGAUGGAAGGGGAUCUUAAGGUAGGGAUCAUGGAUGAUGGAGUGUUCAUAGGAACCAGAGGGAUUAUGGACAAGACCAGAUGGAAUGUGCAGGGGUAGGGAAAAGAAACUAAAAAGGCUAUCUCUUAUUCAUUGAAAUGGUGGGGGAAAUCGUCAAAGUCAGGGUGGACAAAUUAUAUAAAAACGAAAGAUGUAUGCAUAGCGAAGAAUAACAAAGAUUAUAAGAAAACCAAGAAGAUGAGAAAACUACGUAGAAUUGAUUCAGUGAGGAAAAGCUAAGUGUCUGAUAUAUGCAGUGACUAUGAGGCUAUUUGGUCCAAGAGCCUAACAGUCUGUGCACUCUGGAGGAAAUGCACACAGGCAAGGAUUAGUAAAAUGAAAAACCAAAAUGAAAUCACUUGCAUUCGUUAAAAAUAAAUUUUAAAAAUAUAUCGUAGGGAAAAAGACUUCUGGCACUAUAAAAUAAGGCUUCCUGGAGAACAAUUUGGCAAUACUUGACAAGAGGAGGGGGGAAAUGAUUGUAAGAAUAUGUUAUCUCACUUUAGGGAAUACGUUCUGGGAAAGAAGAAAUAUUUGCAUAGAGAUAUUUGUGACUGCCCUAUAUUGUACAGUCAUUAACUGGAACUGCUCAAUGGUAGCUGAGUGGCUUGUGGUCCGUUAGAGGAAUGAGCUGUUGCUUUCAUGUAUGAUAAUGACGAAAACUAUUGAGAAGAAAUAGCUAUGUGAUACAAUCAUAAUCCCAAAAAAAAAAAAGUGGAGAAUCUGGAAUUAUAAUCAUGUAGCGACAGCAACAAGGGUAAAGUUAGUCUGAAUAGUUGCCAUGUUGAAAUAGAUUCAGAAUUUGUAAAUAGUCAGUGAUUUGGGAGUUAUUUUGUGCUCUUAUUUUCAUAUGCACAUUUCUACUUCAGUGAUUAUCCAUUACAUAACAUGCUUGAAUAUUUACUUCAAGGCAAUACUCAGUGCAAAUGAUAUUGAAGCAUAACUACUGGAUUUAAGAAUGAAUGUGUCAGAACAAAUGAGAUUGUCCUGCAAGAGAAGAGGCACAAACGAGGGAUGGGGGUCAGCUAGCUUGGUCAGGGCUCUCUGGGACAAAGGGCUGUCAGAGCAGGGACCUGUCUGGGCAGAGCCACAGACCAAUAAACCUCUCCAGGAUGGUUUUCAGAGGUCAAGCAGGCUCCUCAAGUGACUGGAUUAUUAUAGAGUGUCUGCAAGGCCAGGGGCAUGUCACAGUUCACCAAGUAAAUCAACAAGAAACCAAAGUUCUAGAGCACCAGCUAGUAUAGGAUGAGUUGCAGGAGGGCAUAGGCGGUGCCCGUCUUCACUGCAGCUCUGUCUACAGAGCUAGCAUGUUGACAGCUCAGUAUCUGUGAAGUGAAUUAAUACUUAGAAAGGGAUAAGACAGUGGUGUGACUCUACAGAGAUUUCCCACCUUAAAUGCCACAUCCUGGCCAACCAAGCUGUCUAAAACGUUGGUGUGUGAGAAUUCUCCGUUAGGGGGCACUGUGGACACAGUCCACCAUAUGCCUCCCAAGGCUGGGCUCCACGGAGAGAUUAUGUCUCUAUUCCUGCUUCUGUGUGUGUGACAAGAAGAGCUGGGAGAUGGGGAUCACACACCCUCAGGUUGGAACAGCAGCUCUGCAGAGUUGCAUGGGAGCAAUGGGCACAGGUCUUGGCUGGUGAAAUGUCUCUAGCCAUAUGGCCCACUCAGGGGGCAAAACAGGAAUAGAGACCUGAAAUGAAAAGUCACCUGGCUGCAAUAAGAGACCCGCGGGUGCUCCAGAGAUGAGAGAACCAAGUGGCUUCCCAAGAAGCUAUCAGAAUCUUGGGAAGAUGAAGGAAAGUACUAGCUUUUCUUUAUGAAGAGGUAGGAGUGAGAAGGCCCAGGACCCUGGCAAAAUGUGACAGAUGGAUGGGAAGUGUAGCAUCAAGCAUGGAGGCAAAAUUCUCAACGUUACCUGGGAAUCAAGAAUCCCAUAGAAAGCACCAAACACGUGGCGGGGGGAGAGGGGGCAAGAUCUCAAUUACACUACAGGUGCAGAGCAAUCAGGAACAUCAUGAAAGAAACAAAAUGCUCCACCCCCACCCCACCUGGGGAUUAUGACAAUUAACUUGCUAAAUUGUUCCUUUUUCUGUUAGGAGCUGCCCAGGCCAUGCACAGACUGGUGAAAGGAGAAUUCCAUUGUGGGAGAGAGGAGGGGAAUAGAAAACCUCUUUUAUAUUCUUUGUAUCAAAAAAAGAGGAAAAGAAAGAGAUUAAGAUAGAAGAGACCUGGGUUGAGUGCUGGCUCUUCCACUAAAUAGCUGUGUAGGCUUGGCGCCUGCAGCACAGUGGUUAUGGCACCAUCCACAUACAUCCAGGCUGGCAGGUUCAAAUCCAGCCCGGGCCAGCUAAACAACAACAACUACAACAACAACAAAAAUAGUGGGGUGUUGUGGGGGCGCCUGUAGUCCCAAGUAGCUUCCCUACUUGGGAAGCUGAGGCAAGAGAGUCACUUAAGCCCAAGAGUUUGAGGUUGCCGUGAGCUAUGAUGUUACGGCACUCUACUCAGGGCGACAUAGCGAGACUCCGUCUCAAAAAAAAAAAGAAAGAAAGAAAAUAGCCGUGUAGUCUUGGUCUAGUUCCUUGACCUCUCUGAGCCUCAGUUUGUACAUCAGGGUUGGGGUGAGGAUUGGAUGAGAAGCGUUGAGAGAAGUAUUUUGUACAACAUGAAUUUCAAAUCCAAGGUAUUGGUUAGGAAAAAGUUCAACUGACUUAUACUGACCAAAUACCCCUCCAUCAGUGUAAGCUUGUAUGAGGAUUUUAUGUGCAAGUAUUGUGCAGUAAGGACCGAAGAACAUCUGGGUGAAGAUGUUACCUCCAAACCAUUUUCUUUGGAGGAGACUCUUGUUUUGCUUUCAGCAGUUAUGUGAAGAAGCCAUAGUUGAAGACACAACAAUGUCUGAGGGGGCAGAAGGGACCACUGGUCAGCCUGCUGAGAUUCAAUGUCAUUCCUAAAAGCCAAUUGAGAAUCAGACUGUACUAAUUAAGGACCUAUGACCAUAGAUGUUUAGAAAAAGUUACAAAUGGCAAAAGUAUUCCAAUCUUUUGAUAGUUUAGAGGAAAUAUGAUUUGGGAGAGAAUAGCUCUCCUUCCACUGUAGUCUUACUAUUAUUGUAUCUAUAAAGCAAUGUUAUAUCCUAAUUCCACAGACAGAAGAUUCCAGAGGGCAGAAGUCCAAGAGAGAAAUCAAAAGGUUAUACCGAGGAAGUUGAUGAGGUUGUUAACCUGAGCUGGGCAGGGCUUGACAGGUAGGUGUUUGUCUGUCUCUCUCUGGCAGGCAAGCUGAGAACUAGAGCUGCCCAUAAAUUAAGUGGGAGCUUGGACAGGGCUGGAGACCUCUGUGCUGAGGGGAAAACAGUCUUGGACAAGGCAGGGCAGAGAGCUGCUAGAGAUAGGACUCAGCAGGAGGAAGACCAAGUUCAGAUGCAGGCUUGGGAAAAUAGGCAUCCUGACUGAAGGUAGCAGAACCCGGUUACCAAGCUGGAUCGUGAAUAGGGUUUAAUUACGCGGAUCAAGACAGGAGCAAAAAUAGGUCUUCUAGGGACCCAGGACUCCUGUGAUUGGAGGGUGAUUGGAGAGGCAGGGAAGAUACAGCCAGGCCAGAGAAGACUUCACCUGAGGUACUGGGCAAGGAAUCUCAGGGACCAGGAGGAGGAGGGCCUGUGCAUUAUGAGAUUGGGAGAUAGUCUGACUUGUCUCCAGAGAAACCUGGAACUGGGUGGCUUAGUGGCCACAAGAGACAGGCUUGAAAACAAGAUACUGUGGUGUCGGUACCCAGGGACUGGGUGCCAGCCCAGCCCAAAUGGGGUUUUCAUGGAAUAAAGCACAUGUGCUAUAAACUGGUUCAUUCCUUUGGUUGCGUGUUUUAUCUUUCCUGUUUCUUAAUAAAGUUCUUUUGAAAAA